AGUGGUGGGACGGCUCCAGCCCUGGUGGCCCCUCCCCCUCCUGUGGGGCUGCCCAGUCCCUUCCCCAAGGCCGACCUUCUCAUGGCCUCUGACCCCCUCCUCCUUCCCACCCUACUCUGCCGGGUGCACCCGGUGUCCAGCGAACCCCUUUCCCAAACCUUCAGGGAGAAGGGACGUGGGAGGAGGCAAAGAAAUUACAGGCAGGGAGCUGGAAGGGGGGGAAGGAGACAAGAAAUCAAGACACCAGGCAGCAGGACACACACACUCACAUACGCUCACACACAUAGAGGCCAACAGACAGACAGCUACCUAAAGCCUGAAAGACUGACAGCAACACAGAAAAAGAGAAACACACAGAAAGAGAGACAAAGACAGAAAUAGAAACGGACUAACACGCAGAGUCAGAAAUACAGAGACAGAAAGACAGGGAGAAAGAGAAACAGAAAAUUAGACACCAAAGAGAUACGAACAGGGAGGAAGGCCGACUGAAGGAAAGACGGAGAAGAGGAGAGAGAAGCCAGGGCCAAGGGUGCCAGCAGGCGGAUGGAGGGCGGCCUGGUGGAGGAGGAGACAUAGUGGCCGGGGCUGAGCUGGGUGGGCUGGGAGAAGCGGGUGCCUCAGUGCGGGGGUGGGGGCAUGGGAGGGGCAGGCAUUCUGCUGCUGCUGCUGGCCGGGGCGGGGGUGGUGGUGGCCUGGAGGCCCCCAAAGGGAAAGUGUCCCUUGCGCUGUUCCUGCUCCAAAGACAGCGCCCUGUGUGAGGGAUCCCCGGACCUGCCCGUCAGCUUCUCUCCAAACCUGCUGUCACUCUCAUUCGUCAGGACUGGAGUCACCCAGCUGAAAGCCGGCAGCUUCCUGAGAAUCCCGUCUCUGCACCUGCUCCUCUUCACCUCCAACUCUUUCUCCGUGAUUGAGGACGAUGCGUUUGCGGGCCUGUCCCACCUGCAGUACCUCUUCAUCGAGGACAAUGAGAUUGGCUCCAUCUCUAAGAAUGCCCUCAGAGGACUUCGCUCGCUUACACACCUAAGCCUGGCCAAUAACCAUCUGGAGGCCCUCCCCAGGUUCCUGUUCCGAGGCCUGGAGACCCUUACUCACGUCCCCAUCUCUGGGGACACUUGCCUGGGGUCAGGCAGGAGCAUGGCCCCCAGGGUGUGGAAGCGGGGUCGCAGCCCCUCCCCGGCCUCUUGCCCCAGGGACCUCCGUGGGAAUCCGUUCCAGUGUGACUGCCGCGUCCUCUGGCUCCUGCAGUGGAUGCCCACCGUGAACGCCAGCGUGGGGACCGGCGCCUGUGCGGGCCCCGCCGCCCUGAGCCAUAUGCAGCUCCGCCACCUCGACCCCGAGACCUUCAAGUGCAGAGCCAUAGAGCUGUCCUGGUUCCAGACGGUGGGGGAGUCGGCCCUGAGCGUAGAGCCCUUCUCCUACCAAGGGGAGCCUCACAUUAUGCUGGCACAGCCCUUCGCCGGCCGCUGCCUGAUCCUCUCCUGGGACUACAGCCUGCAGCGCUUUCGGCCCGAGGAAGAGCUGCCCGGUGAGCCCCCUCCCCGUCCUUCUGCCUGUCCAGCAGCCUGCCUGGCGGGCCUGACCUGCCUCCCCACCUCCCCACAGCGCCCUCCGUGGUGUCCUGCAAGCCACUGGUGCUGGGCCCGAGCCUCUUCGUGCUGGCUGCGCGCCUAUGGGGGGGCUCACAGCUGUGGGCCAGGCCCAGUCCCGGCCUGCGCUUGGCCCCAACGCAGACCCUGGCCCCGCGGCGGCUGCUGCGGCCCAAUGACGCCGAGCUCCUGUGGCUGGAAGGGCAGCCCUGCUUCGUGGUGGCCGACGCCUCCAAGGCAGGCAGCACCACGCUGCUGUGCCGCGACGGGCCCGGCUUUUACCCGCACCAGAGUCUGCACGCCUGGCACAGGGACACGGACGCUGAGGCCCUGGAACUGGACGGCCGGCCCCAUCUGCUGCUGGCCUCGGCUUCGCAGCGGCCCGUGCUCUUCCACUGGACCGGUGGCCGUUUCGAGAGACGCACAGACAUUCCUGAGGCCGAGGAUGUCUAUGCCACACGCCACUUCCAGGCUGGUGGGGACGUGUUCCUGUGCCUCACACGCUACAUUGGGGACUCCAUGGUCAUGCGCUGGGACGGCUCCAUGUUUCGCCUGCUGCAGCAACUUCCCUCGCGCGGUGCCCACGUCUUCCAGCCACUGCUCAUCGCCAGGGACCAGCUGGCCAUCCUGGGCAGCGACUUUGCCUUCAGUCAGGUCCUCCGUCUUGAGCCUGACAAGGGGCUCCUGGAGCCACUGCAGGAGCUGGGGCCCCCGGCCCUGGUGGCCCCCCGUGCCUUCGCCCACAUCACUAUGGCCGGCAGACGCUUCCUCUUUGCUGCUUGCUUUAAGGGCCCCACACAGAUCUACCAGCAUCACGAGAUUGACCUCAGUGCCUGACACCACCAAUGGGACUCUGGGCAUGGCUGGGGCCCCGGGACGGCCCCUUGUCUGGCUCCUGGCCCCACUUGGGGUGAUGGCCGCCUGUGAGCUGCUGACUAUGGGCCACAUUCAUCAGCCACAUGUCUAGGCCUUAAGCCCACUUCUUAAAGGAUCUGCACCCAUGGGGUGACAGAGGGUCCCAGCCUAUUGGACCUCCCGAGCUGCCCUUCAGGUCUAAAGCAACAUCUGGACAUCUCGGCUGGGGCAGAUUCCCCAUCAAAGGCAACCUGGGGGUGCAGGCUGGUGCACUGCAUGGAGUCGAGGUGGAGAUCACCUGCAGAGCUCCAUGAGCUCCGGAAGCCCCCUCUCAACCCGCUCCCACCCCCGCUGGUCCCUCUGAAAGCACUGAGGGGUCGAUGGCAUUCCUUUCCCAUUCUAAACUCCAUGCAGCCAAUCGCUUUCCUGGAAAAGCACCAACCUCAAAGCCAACUCAGCCCUGGGCGGGUUCCCCUUUGCUGCUUGUGCGCAUGCGUGCGGCCGCCAGGCGCGCUGUCCCUCUUGCGCCUCUUGCGCGUGCGCGGGGCACAGGGAGGGACAGCGGGAGGUGUCGCGGGGAGCCCGGUGCCUCCUGGAUGGGCGACGGAGGCAAGGACAAGAAGAGUCCGAGCUCAAUAAAUGCGCUGUGCACCCUG